CCAUCGUUAAAAAUGGUAAUGCUCGGUCAAAGAAUAAAGUGUCACACAAGCGAUAUCUUAAGCUACGCAAAUAACCUCUUCCUUUUUCUGAAUUCUGUGAAAGCCUUCUUUAAUAGCUUCUAGAUAAUUACGAUAUAUUCAUUUUUUUUCUUUUUCUUUUUUCUUUUUUUUGAAACAAGUUAACGAAACUUUCGCAAUUCAGUCUUCAGUCAUUCAUGAAUGGAUGGGUCAAAUUUAAGUGAUGUGGGUUUUGAUGCACAUGAGGAUUAUUCCAAGUCACAUUCAAAUGUGUGCAUUCCAUGUGCACUAGGAACUUGCUUGAUUCAUUUUCGUGAAUUUUCGUCAUCUAGCUUCGUUGAUCCGGUUUCUCUCUUUUGCUUAGAUACGUAUCCGAAUGCGGAUCGAAUGCAAUCUUCGAGUGAAGUCAUUGAACCUCAACGGAAAAUAAGAAAUACCUCUUCCUCGAAUCCAUUUCAACCUUUUCGUGCCAUUCCGCAUCCUACCCCGAAUUAUCCUUAUGCAGAUGUUUCACCCACCGAAUCCAAAGCUAAAGACAAAGAGUCAUUAAGUCCUAUUUUGAAAAACAAAUCAAACAUAACUGCACAAGAAAGAGAGUUUUCUACUUCUUAUCUCUCAAAAAAUGAUUCCAUUCAAGCUUCCGCCUUGAAUCCCGGCUUUUCUGAAAAAUCCAAGUCAUCAUCCCAAUCUUAUUAUUCACCGUCUUAUUCUUUUCCUUCCGAAUUCCCAGAGGAGCAUAGUCCGUAUUGUAACAGGGAAACUUCAAAGAAUCCCAAUCCAUUGACAAGAACUGCUGUCGCGAUACCGUCCCGUCAACAAGUCAAUGAAGGUUCGUCAACACAUACCCAAGGAGCUUCUUUAGAAGAACAUACGGAUGACCUUGGAUUUGAUGAUUCUUUAUCUUAUGCCUAUAUCCUGAAUCCUACUUCCGACUCAGAUGUCGAUUUAAUACGCCAAUACUUUAUUUCAAAAGAAGGAUCCUAUUCUAUCAACGACAUGCAUAUAAAAUACGUCUCUGCGGAUCCUAAGACACCAAUCAUGUACAUGGUCGAUCCGGCCUACGAGCCGUCCAAGCAAGUAGCUCGGUAUGAAAAGCUCCAAGAGAUAUUUGAAUUUCUUGAUGCAACGGUUGACAGCGUCCUUUCCGAAAAGCUAAUCAGCCUUUACUUCCUCUAUAUUCAUCCUACAUAUCCAGUUGUUCACCGUGAGCGAUUCCUGUUAUUAUUUAAAAAUGCAAAACAUAAAAUAUCGCCAAUUUUGUUGAUGGCCAUGUAUGCUGCAUCAAUCCUUUAUUGGAACGCAGAUGAGUCCUUACGUGAUUUCCCUCGUGUGGACUCAAAGAAACUUUGGGAUAUGACUGAAGAGUCAUUAAACCAGUCAUUCUCUUUACCUAGAUUAAGCACAUUACAAGCAGCUGUUAUUUUCCUUGUCGGCAGACCAUGGAUUAAUGUUGCUGGUAAUUGGAGUAUUUUGACAAGAGCCGUUGCUUUGGCAUUAAUUUUGGGCUUUCACCUGGAUUGUUCCGAUUGGCAAAUUCCAGAAGAAGAAAAAGUUUUAAGGAUUCGAACUUGGUGGGCCCUUUUUAUCAGUGAAAAGUGGCUUUCCAUGUACAUCGGCAUCAAUACAAGCAUUCGACAGGAUGACUAUUUGGUCCCUCCCUUGAGCGUUACUCAGUUAUUACCAUCUGAAAGCAUGUAUGCUGAUUCAUUCAAAGUAUUUAUGAAGAUGUCAGAGUUGAGUGUUUUCUUACAGACAAUCCUUCAAAAUCUGUUUACAGUGAGGGCCGUCAUGAGCAUGUCAAAGAAUAGACGUAGUGUGGCCCAGAAAAUUACCAAAUACCUCGCUGAGUUGGAUGAGUUUACGAAAGCGUGUGAAUUCCAAAGAGGUACACCUGGCGUAUUUUCCCUGUACUUACAAAUCGACGCUUUGGAACUUUUACUUCGCAAGACUGUUCUUAAAAUGAAAUUGACAGACUCUAGAUUUCAAAAUGAUAUGCUGGUUCUCGUUGAGCGAUGUAUUACUAGAUUUUUAUCUCUAGAUGAAGGAUUAUCUACAGACUUUUUUUGGCCUUAUUCUCAAUUCUAUUUUUGCAUUCUCGCAUCUUCUAUUAUAAAAAUGUAUUUAGACUUUGAAUUUAAUGAAAACUAUAACACACGAAUUAUGGAUUUACUGACUCGCUUUACAAAACAUUGCGUAUGGCUGAAACGCAGAAAUUUUGAUCUUAUUUUCAUGGCAUAUAAAAGACUAAAUGCUCUGCUAUUGGAACUAAGCACAGACCGGCCACCUAUAAAGAAGCUAUUGCAAACAGCAUUUGAAACUAAGAAACGAACUUUUGAAGCAACGAUGUGAACAAAAGUAUUUCUCGGAGAAAGUAAUGAAUAAUGUUUUUCUCUUUAUUAACUUUGUUAAUUUAAUUAUUUCAAUGCGAGAAGGCUUGAAAUUCUUAACUUUAAUUUGUUUUUGAUAACUUAAUAAUAUUCAUUUUCAUUGAAGAGGUCCGCGUUCUAUG